GCGCCGAGCCGUCGCCGCCUCAGCAGCCUCAGCAGCCUCAGCAGCAGCAGCAGCAGCAGCAGCAGCAGCAGCAGCGGCCGUGCACGCCCGGGCUGAGGUCGUACAGCGCUAACGUGAGCGGCCGCCGCCCUCGCCGUCCCGCUCUCGCUUUCUCCACAGCCUCCCCUCGCCCCUUCCUCUCCCCCUUCCCGGCGCUCUCGGGGGGCUGGGAACGAGCUGCCAUGUGAUGCGCGUCCCCUCCGCGAGCUUUCGGUGACCCCCGAACCGCCCACCGCGCCGGCUGCCGGGAGGGGGCUGCGGGCUGGGAGGACGCGGGGAAGAGGAGGCGGAAAAGGACGCAAACUUCUCCGGCGAGAGCAGCUGCCUGCUUCAGAAAGUGAGGGCUCCAGGAAUGAGGAGAAUCAUCACAAGCUGCCUCGCAUUGUGGCAUGUCUGAUCCCUUGCUCCUGUCCCUGCAGCAUGAACAAGGUGGACACUCACUGACCUGUCACAAGGUUGCCCCACAGAGCUUUGGGGUUCAUGUCUGAAUGGAUUACCGGAGCCUUCUCAUCUCUCCCUUCGCCCAGUUCCCUGCAUCCUAAGACUCGAAGCCAGCACAGGACCUGGAAAAAUUACAUGUAAGUUUUGACUAAGGUUUAUUUUCCUUAACUAAAUAAUGAUAAAUAUUUUCUUAAGUGAUAGUAACAAAUAGCCCAAGCACACAUGAAUUACUUUUCUUUUAACAAAGGAGCUGUAGAGUUACCAUUGAGCAAAGGAGCAAAGGUUGGAAUCUGUAUAUUGGUGGUUCCUUAACUCAGUGGCUCUUAAAUUUCAGCUUGAAUCGGAAUCACCUGGAGGGCUUGUUAAAGUACAGCUUGCUGGGCCUCAUGCCCAGAUUUCUGAUUCAGUAGAUCUGGUGCAGGCUAGGAAUUUGCUUUUCUAACAAGUUUCCAAGUGAUGCUGAUGCAGCUGGACCCCAGUUUGAGAAUCACUGCUUUAACUCAUAUGCCUGAAAGGAUGAAAUGGUAGAAAACUGCAUAUACUUGAGUAAUAAAUAUCACUAAAUUAAGGAAUUUAAUGCUUUGCUUAAUACAUUGACUUGUGUCUCAGAAAAGAGUUUUAAGGUUCACUUAGCACCUUCACAUUUGGAAGUCCAGCCCAGUAGGUGCCAUUAUUCCAUGCCAGCUUUACUCCAGGGCUGCUAGUACCAGUCAUUCUUUGUCCCUGGUUUUCAAUAAGUGUGACUGAUAGUGCUAUUAUUAGGCUAAAACAACAGCUACAGCACUUUUGCAGGUGUGCUGAUCAUGCUUUUAGAUACACUAAGAAGAGAAAAUCUUUUUUCCCCUGGGUUGGGAACUAUGUUGUUCCCUUUCAGAGUGAGUCAUCAUAGCAUUAUCCCUCCCCUCACACACUUAAAUGUGACUUGAUUUACAAAACUUGUGGGGCAGAAAGACAAACAUCACAUGUUCUCACUUACUGGUAGGAUCUAAAAAUCAAAACAGUUGAACUCCUGGACAUAAAGAGUAGAAGGAUAGUUACCAUAGGCCAGGAAGGGUAGUGGGGGUUGGAGGCAGGGCAUGGAGGUGGGAUGGUUAAUAGUUACAAAAAAAAAAAAAAAACAGAAAGAGUGAAUAUGACCUACUAUUUGAUAAUACAAUGGAGUGACUAUAGUCAAUAACUAUAAAUAAUAAUUUUACAUUUUAAAAGAAAGAGUGUAAUGAGAUUGUUUGUAACUCAAAGGGUACAUGCUUGAAGGGAUGGAUACCUCAUUCUCCAUAAUGUGCUCAUUUCAUAUUUCUUGCCUCUAUCGAAGCAUCUCGUGUACCCCACAAAUAUAUACACCUACUUACUGUGUACCCACUGAAGUUAAAAAUAAAAAAGCAAAAUAUACGUGGGAAGGGAAGCAUACCUCCAAUGAAUAACCUAAGCCAGCAAGUCCAGGUUUUGUGAGAUUUUAAGUUCUCAAGACUGACAAACUUUGCAAAUCAUUAUGUCGUGGUUUUAGCUUUCAAACAGGCCCAUUGCCUAACUGCUAAGAACAAGAACAAUUUAUUCCAUGUUAAUCGAAAAAAGUAGAAGAGUUUGAGUAAACAAAUGCACACUUGGACACAUGUCAGCCUACAUACCAACGUACCUGUGUGCCUGUGAAAGAUAUAUGCAUUGUAUAUUUCUGAGCUUUGAUUGUAGGAAUUUUAAACAGCAUUUUUCCUUUUGUUUCAUGGAGUCAAGGUGAGUGUAAAAAUAGUAUGAGUGAUACUGUCCAGGAAACAUUUGAGAAAUUUCUGGGCAUUUUAAAUCUGUGGAUAAGCACUGUGAUUUAUAUCAUUUUACUUGGAUAUGGUAAAUGUUAUCAUUCAAAGUAGCACUUAGGAUUUACAGUUCUCUUUUUAUAACUCUCUGGAAUUGAGAAUAAUCACUGUUAAUAAAGCAAUUGCCAAGCAAAUAUGUAAUGAAAGAACAAAUGUAUUUCUUCAACAUUAAUAGAGUCAAAAAUCCUGGAGAUGGACUUAAGUGCACAGUAGGUCUAUGUUAAAGUGUUUAAAAUAAAACCCACAAUAUCAGAAAAAUAAGACAAAAAGCAGUAAGUAUUAAAAGCUCUAUAAUGGAAUUAACCCAGGGGUGCCUUCUAGGGGCAGCCCAAAGGAUAAUGGGGCUGGGAUUAGGGCUAACAGAGUUGUGAGCGAUGUAAUUGUUAUUACUCCAGCCUCAAAAAUAUACUGUUCCCAGCAAGCACUAAUUAUUCUGCACAACAUUCCUGGAAGGAAGGUGAGCAGUUUAUGAGGCAUCUUCAUUAUAAAGUGAAAGGAGAAGAUUGGAUCAAAUGCCCCUUAGUGCCCUCUCCUGCUCUGCCACUCUGUGGAUCUCAGCAUUUACAUAUCCAGGGUUCCUAUGGGAUAGCCUUUGCUGUCAGUCAGUUUCCUUUCUACAGGUCAGGAAGGAAAGAAGUUGUUGGUACUCCUUAGGUGAAUCAGGGCUUCAGGCUCCUGCUGGAUCUUGCAGGACCUGCCUGGAUCACUCCCCAUAUCUUUGGACAGAGCAUUCAGUCACUGAAUGAGUAGGGUAUCUAUAAAACUGAAUCUGUGGGGCAGGGGGGACAGGAGGUAUGUGGGAAACUUGUGUACUUUCUGCUCAGUGUUACUGUGAACCUAAAACUGCUCUUUAAAAUAAAGUUUAUUAAUUAAAAAAAUUAAAUACCAACAGUAUGGCAAUUCCUCAAAAAAAAAAAAAAUUAAACAGGAUUAUCAAGUGAUCCAGCAAAUUCCACAUCUGGGUAUAUACCAAAAGAAGUGAAAGCAGGGAUUUGAGCAGAUGGAUGUAUGUAUACCCAUGUUCAUAGCAGCAUAUUUCACAGUAGCCAGAAGUGGAAGCAACCCAGGUGUCCAUCAACAGAUGAAUGGAUAAACAAAAUGUGGUAUGUAUUAAUACAUACAAUGAAAUAUUAUUCAACCUUUAAAAAGAUGAAAUUCUGACACAUGCUACCAUGUGGAGGAACCCUGAAGAUGCUAAGUGAAAUAAGCCAAACACAAAAAGGCAAAUAUUAAAUAUCCUUUUAUAUGCGGUACCCAACUGUCAGAUUUACAGAGUCAGAAGGUAGAAUGGUAGUUGCCAGGAAAUAGGAGAAUGGAAAAAUUGAAAGUUGUUGUUCAGUUGAUAUUAAGUAUCAGUUUGGAAAGAUUGGAGAGUUCUGGAGAUGAAUGAUGAUGAUGGUUGCACAGCAAUGUUACUGUAUUUGAUGCCACUGAAAUGCACACUUAAAAAUGGGUACAAUGGUAAAUUUUAUGUUGUAUAUAUUUUACUAUAAUUUUUUGAAACUUCCUUCUAAGAAUGCUGUGCAGAAUCACUAGCUAGUGCCUGAUAGGGAUGUUGCAGUUUGUGAGGGUGCAGGAAGAACAGAUCACUAUGUCCCUCACACCUCCGUCAUCCCUGUUACCCUUUGGGCAGCCUUUAGAAGACAACAAAGGUAAGGCAUCCACUGAAGAGUGCUUCAGUCCCAGGAAGGAGUUUCCUAUCAGAGUAAGGGCACAAUUGUCAGAAGCCAUCAAGGGAAUUUGCCUUAAACAACUGUGAUCUCUACCAAAACGCCAUUUACACAUGUAGAAGACCUGUUUCACUGGGGAGGAGGAAAGCAUGGGCUACCCACACUCCAGCAGUGGGGCUGCUCCAGUUCCUCCAGAUGGGCGUUCGUAAACCAGUCUACGCACAGAGCACUGAUAUGGGGAGAGUCCAGGAGCUGUGUGCCUGACUGUGGCUCCUGAAGGGUCUUAAUCAGCGAAGGUGGACAUGUAGACAGGAACCAGGGAAUGCAGACUUGCCAUAGAUUCAAGCACAGUAGAAAAUGAAAGCUUUGAGAGGAAAUCCACAGAGGGUUGUUCUCCCGCUGUAAGGCCUAUGAUUAUUAUGAUGCCUGUUUUACAUUCUCCAAGUGAAGCAGGAUUUAUCGCCCUAUCACCAAAUCUCUGUCCUUAUGGGCAUUAUUGUACCCAUAAGUCACAGGCAGGUUAGUGAGUGACCCAUAGGCCUAUGAAGAACACACAGGAUGGAGUUCACUAGGUUAGUCCAUUGUGCCCUACUGUUUUUGGCUUUUGCCUUUUAUUCUACAUUUCUAGAAAUUUGGCCUUGAAGAACAAUCAACAGUUUUAUAAGGCCCAGUAGCCAUACUUUAUUAGGUCUUCUUUACUACCUUUAUGCCCUUACCCUAGGGCUGACCAGCAAUUAGAGUUCUUAUAGAGCUGUAUAUAAGGAUCCAUGGUUUCAAAAAGCUCAGAAACUGUUGUCCUAAAUUAUCCUACUUUCUCCUUAAGAUACCAGUAUGUAUAUAUUGUCUAUUACAGAGGCUCUAUAGCAGAACCAUCAUGUAUAAUUUGGCUUAAAGAAAAGGUGUAACUGAAAAGAGGUAAAAUGAAUUUGUUAAAGUAAAAUAUAUAUAAAUUAGUCCACUCAUUCUCAUGCCAGACUUUCCAAACUGGCUUAGAAAGAAAAUCAUCAUGCUUUUCACUUAGGUAUUGGAAAACAGGGCAAAGGAAAAGAGGUUUCUGAGUCAGUUGCCAUGGGGAGCUGCUGAGAUACCAAAAAAAAAAAAAAUACUGGAAUUAAAGGUUUUUGUAGAAAAGAAAAUUCAGGUCAGCAAGUCUAAGAGAGAGGAAAGUAAGAGCUUAUUCAUUUUUGACAUCCACCCUAAGCUUGAGUUGAAAGGGCAUGGAUAUGGAAUCUAAUCAAAAUAAAUUCCACCCCAUGAGUUCACGGACCAUAAUUUUUGAUAGACACACUGAAACAGAUUUUCCCCAGAGAAGACCAUCAAACCAGCAGCCACCUAGACAAAAUGACAUAAGAUAAAGAAGACCAAAGACAGACCCAGCAGGAUCUCCUUGUCUCCUUGUGUCAUCAUUCCCAGGAAUCAGAUGUGUCUGGUUCCAGACAUUAAUUUGGUGUUUACUGGUGGCUUUUAUACCUGGGUCCCAACUAGCCAGAACCCUAAAUUAGCUAACCUUUUUUGUACUUCCCCACCCCCUCCCUAUCCCUCCCACACACCCCACCCUACCGCACACACCACACUUCCCUUUUUCAGUGAUGAAGAAAACAAGAUAGCUCUGGUUUUGAGUCAAGGUGGGGUGUAAACCCUGGAGGAUACUUGUAGCUGAUGACACUGACCUGCUGAAUCAUUGAGAAUAGUUAGAUGUUUUACAAAGAGGAAAAGAAACUGCUUUGGAAAACCUUCAACAAAAAGCAUUUUCUAAUUGUCAAGUUACCAGAAAAAUCAAAAUAAUAAAAACAAUCUUGUCCUCAAAAAGUCUAAUCAACUGAGGUUUUGGUGUACCUAUUUCCAUGCUUUAAUAAUAAUCUAAAAAUGUUGACUAAAACUAGAACAAUAUUCCAUUCAUUUUUAUUCUUCUUGAGAAACUGCAAGUUUUGGCUUUUACCACCUUUCCAGUGACAGAGGUUAAAUGUUAAAUGUUCUGUUUUAUGUUAAGCAGUCUGAAAGUUUUGAUAUUACUUGUUUUAAAACUAAUAUAUGAUUUAUGAACCUGUGUCUUUAGCUCCUAUAGUCAUUGGGAACCAACGGCAUACUUUUGAAGCCAAUUCUGUUUCUUUUUUUUUAAAAAGAACCUAUGAUAAGAUUAUUUGUAGCAUUCCAUUUCAGAAUCAGAUUAUGUUCACUCAAGAGAUCAUUGAAAUUAAUUUUCUUUCUCUACUAAUGGUACAGAGAGGAGUGAUGUUGCCAGCAUGGUUAUAUACAUUAAUAUAUAAAUCAAAAAUUCCAAAUGGUAAUUCCCUGUGAGUCAUGAGUCUCCAAAUAGACUAAUCUAUGUUUUAUUAUAAAGCUACCUACUCAGUGACAUCACUUGUAGCAUAAAUGGUUUAUCAGUUUAAUAGUUUCCAAUCUGUUGAAUUUUAAGAAAUGGUUUGUGUGCUCUUUUUUGGAUGCACCUGUCACUAGUGAAAUGACGCCUAUCUCUGAGCUCUGAUUUAACCCAAGGUAUUGCAGUAUGUUUUUCCAAGGAUGUCCCAUUAGAUAGAUCUUGUAAAAGUGCGGCGCCUGCAGCCUUGUGGCAGCUGAAAGGUGCACAGACAGUGUGUCGUGAGGAGGAAAAGCACUUCUGCUCUUCUGCCCCAGAACAGUAUUUACCAAGCUUUACAGGAUAGCAAGAUUUUUAGAUAGAGUCCUUGCAGUGCUUAACUAGAAGCUAUAAUCUGUUGUUUCUAGUAGAUUUUUCCUGUGUUCUUGCCUUAUUUGUCAUUCAGAUUAGUAUGCUGGUUUCUUGAUUUCUUGACAGGAAGUGUCAGAAAUUUAUUGAUGAAAUGUUCUUAAUUUCUAGACAGAACCAGAAUCAGAAAGUAAUUGCUUCCUUUUAUCUAAACAGAAGUAGCUUUGUUAGCUUUCCUUAUAUCAAAGUGAUACAUUUAUUCUGCAUAAUUUAUAAAAUAACAGAAAAUUGAAUAAAAGUAGAGAUAAAUUACCUAUAAUCUGGCUGCCCAAUAUAACCUGCCUGUUAACUCAUACUUUUGUGUAUUUUUCCAGACUUUUUUCAACUGAUUAACUAAUUCCAAAUUUACAAGCAGUACUCUGGACUGAUUACAUCCUACAGGCUGGUGGCACUUAGGAAUGAUGACUUUAAAUAUCAUCUUAUAGGACAGUGAUCUACUUGUUGCUUAUUUUUCUCCCUUCUAAUUAUAUUAAUCAGCUCUUAUAAGGACAGACACCUGUGUGGACUCACCAGUAUCUUUAUCAGGUGGAAAUUCCUAUCAGCCAGUGUUUUCAUUUCUACCUUCUGUCAAUCAAAAUGAUACUGAGUGGCCCUGUAAGAUCUUAGUGGGCCUCUGGAGUUAUGUACAAAGUGGUUUUGGUAUUAGGUCAACUGAUUGUUCUGAUGAUUUAAAAAUUAGUAAUCACUGUACUAUAAGGCAGUUUGCCAGAAAUGGGAAAGGUUGAGUUAGCUAGAUCCUCCCAUUCCCCAAUCACAAUCCAAACACUGUGGACUCCAAUCAAAUUCUGAUUUUAUAAUUUUGGUCACAAAAUUUCAUUCAAAUAUUAUAUGCCUUCUUGUGCGGUGAACAGAGUUUUCCUUUAACUAUGCAUUCUUUAUCCCCCUUCAAAGAUGCAUCUAUUUAGAUUUCUAUGGUGUGAUUUUAUAGCUCCUUGAGGUGUGCUGGCAUCCCUGUGCUUUGAAUUUGGAGAGUACUAGGCCUUUGGAUUAGGACGAAUCCUAACACUUGGUCAAGGUUAGGAAAGGCUUUGAGCGCUGAAAGAAAACCAAGGUAAAAUUUAAGGAAUUGUUAAAGGACUCAUCUGAGAAAUGUUAUAGAAUUGUCAUCCACAAACCUUAUGUCAGUGGAAUAGGAAGUAUUUAUUAAGCAGCUGCUAGAAGAGAUUUUGUUUAUAAAGAAAAAGCCUGUCUUUGACAUUGGUUAUAUCUAGGUCUGAUCAUCCCCUUUACAGGACUCUUAAGUUCCUUGAAAGCAGUGACUUUGAGAGCAUCCCUUCAUAUCCUCUGUGUCCUUGCAUCUAAUAGGGACUCAGUGUGUAUUGAACUGAUAUUUCUGUGGCUCUUCAGUGACAGAUGAAUGAAUGUGCUCAAUUCAGGUAACUACAUUUGACCUUCUUCCUACAGCAGUUGAAGGGUGCUUGGGUAGCAGCCACAAUUGUGUUGAAUGCCCUGGUUGGGUACAGGUGUAGGGAAGUGGUAUACAGUACUUUGAUCCUCCCUUGGAGAAGGAGAUGCUAAUGUGGAUAAUGAGAAUUUGGUUAUCUUUAGUUUCAAUUUGGCCGCCCUCCUUCACUGAGUCACAGUGCUCACUUGUUUAGUGAUGGUCAUGUCAUUUAAGCCUGAGACUGUCCCUCACACUGUUUAUGACAUUGGAUCUGAAUUUCCCAUUACAUAAACAUUGAGUAUUUGUCAUAUAUAUUCAAGAACACGCUAAAAGUUAGUUGGCUUUGUAGUUGACAUUGAGAUUAACUUUCUCUAACCUAAACCAGUGAAAACUAAAAUGCUCCUCACCACAUAAAAGUUUUGCUUUCGCUGUGUUCAGACCCCUCCUACCUUGUCACAGCACAGUCAUUUGGAGUCUGAUUUGGGGGCGGUGUGGUUGUCUCAGUGGCGUAUGACCCACUUUGUGUAAUACUUAAUUGCCUGUGUUUUUACAACACAAGUCAGAAGUUCUGACGAUAGUGGACUAUCACCCAAAAAAGAUUUUCUGAGACAUCUCAUCAGAGCUGCUCGAGUACUGCGCAUCAACUGAAGACGGUGUUAGCUCUGCAGGGUGUGUGCUAACUAUCAGACGAUGACAGAACAUUUCCUCUAGUUUCUGGAUAAUGAGCAGGCACACAGGGUGUGAACGGCAUGUCUGUGGAUGAGAAGCCUGACUCCCCCAUGUAUGUGUAUGAGUCCACAGUUCACUGCACCAACAUCCUCCUGGGCCUCAAUGACCAGCGGAAAAAGGAUAUUCUCUGUGACGUGACUUUGAUCGUGGAGAGGAAGGAGUUCCGGGCCCACCGGGCUGUGCUGGCCGCAUGCAGUGAAUACUUUUGGCAGGCGCUGGUCGGACAGACAAAAAAUGACUUGGUGGUCAGCUUGCCUGAGGAGGUCACGGCCAGGGGCUUUGGGCCGCUGUUACAGUUUGCCUACACUGCCAAGCUGUUACUCAGCAGAGAAAACAUCCGUGAGGUCAUCCGCUGUGCUGAGUUCCUGCGCAUGCACAACCUGGAGGACUCUUGCUUCAGCUUCCUGCAGACCCAGCUCCUGAACAGCGAGGAUGGCCUGUUUGUGUGCCGGAAGGAUGCUGCAUGCCAGCGCCCACAUGAAGACCGCGCGGACCGUGAGAACUCUGCAGGAGAGGAAGAGGAAGAGGAGGAGGAAACAAUGGAUUCAGAGACAGCCAAAAUGGCUUGCCCCAGGGACCAGAUGCUUCCAGAGCCCAUCAGCUUUGAGGCCACUGCCAUCCCCGUAGCAGAAAAGGAAGAAGCCCUGCUGCCCGAGCCUGACGUGCCCACAGACACCAAGGAGAGCUCAGAAAAGGACGCAUUGAUGCAGUACCCCAGAUACAAGAAAUACCAGCUUGCAUGUACCAAGAAUGUCUAUAAUGCAUCAUCACACAGUACCUCAGGUUUUGCAAGCACAAACGGGGAAGAUAACUCUAGCAACAGCCUCAAGUCGGGUCUUUCCAUGGGGCAGAUUAAAAGUGAGCCGCCCAGUGAAGAGAAUGAGGAAGACAGCAUCACGCUCUGCCUGUCUGGAGAUGAGCCUGAUGCGAAGGACAGAGCGGGGGAUGUCGAGAUGGACCGGAAACAGCCCAGCCCUGCCCCUACCCCUACGGCCCCAGUCGCAGCCGCCUGCCUGGAACGAUCCAGGAGCGUGGCCUCACCCUCCUGCUUGAGGUCUCUGUUCAGCAUAACAAAAAGUGUGGAGCUGUCUGGACUGCCCAGUACAUCUCAGCAGCACUUUGCCAGGAGUCCAGCGUGCCCUUUUGACAAGGGGAUCACUCAGGGUGACCUUAAAACUGACUAUACCCCUUUCACAGGGAAUUAUGGACAGCCCCACGUGGGCCAGAAGGAAGUAUCCAACUUCACCAUGGGGUCGCCCCUCAGGGGGCCUGGGUUGGAGGCUCUCUGUAAACAGGAGGGAGAGCUGGACCGGAGGAGUGUGAUCUUCUCCUCCAGUGCUUGUGACCAAGUGAGCACCUCGGUGCAUUCGUAUUCUGGGGUGAGCAGUUUGGACAAAGACCUCUCUGAGCCGGUGCCAAAGGGUCUGUGGGUGGGAGUUGGCCAGUCCCUCCCCAGCUCACAGGCCUACUCCCAUGGGCUGAUGGCCGACCACUUGCCAGGAAGGAUGAGGCCCAACACCAGCUGCCCGGUGCCAAUCAAAGUCUGCCCUCGCUCACCCCCGUUGGAGACCAGAACCAGGACUUCCAGCUCCUGCUCCUCCUAUUCCUAUGCAGAGGAUGGGAGCGGGGGCUCGCCCUGCAGCCUCCCUCUCUGUGAGUUCUCCUCCUCACCCUGUUCCCAGGGAGCCAGAUUCCUUGCCACAGAACAUCAGGAACCAGGCCUGAUGGGAGAUGGAAUGUACAACCAAGUGCGGCCCCAAAUUAAAUGUGAGCAGUCUUACGGAACCAACUCCAGUGACGAGUCUGGAUCAUUCUCGGAAGCAGACAGUGAGUCGUGUCCUGUGCAGGACAGGGGCCAGGAGGUAAAACUUCCUUUUCCUGUAGAUCAGAUCACAGAUCUUCCAAGGAAUGAUUUCCAGAUGAUGAUUAAGAUGCACAAGCUAACCUCAGAACAGUUAGAGUUCAUUCAUGAUGUCCGACGGCGCAGCAAGAACCGCAUCGCGGCCCAGCGCUGCCGCAAGAGAAAACUGGACUGUAUUCAGAAUUUAGAAUGUGAAAUCCGCAAAUUGGUAUGUGAGAAAGAGAAACUGUUGUCAGAGAGGAAUCAGCUGAAAGCAUGCAUGGGGGAACUGCUGGACAACUUCUCCUGCCUUUCCCAGGAAGUCUGCCGAGACAUCCAGAGCCCCGAGCAGAUCCAGGCCCUGCAUCGGUAUUGCCCUGUCCUCAGACCCAUAGACCUGCCCACAGCCUCCAGUGUUAACCCUGCACCUCUGGGUGUCGAGCAGAACCUUGCAGCCUCCCAGUGCGCAGUGGGUGAAAAUGUGCCCUGCUGCUUGGAGCCAGGUACGGCUCCCCCUGGACCACCCUGGGCACCCAGCAACACCUCCGAGAAUUGUACCUCUGGGAGGAGGCUAGAAGGCACUGACCCGGGAGCCUUUUCUGAGAGAGGACCUCCUCUUGAACCCAGGAGCCAAACAGUGACCGUGGACUUCUGCCAGGAAAUGACUGAUAAGUGUACAACUGACGAACAGCCCAGGAAAGAUUAUACCUAGUGACUCGGCUCUGCCUCCCAGUCCGCACACCUCUCCCACCCAGGCGUUCUUCAGUCGGCCUGUGGCACUGUUCAUCUGCUGUCCCGAAGAAACCGAAAACACAUUUGGUGCACACUACAGCGGUCUUAGCAGCAAUACUGUUCCGAAGUAUUCUCUCCUCUUCUCGAGCAGAAGUGAUAGAUAGUUACCUUCACAAUGGUGCUACCCCUUGCCCAGGCAAGGAAAGACAGCAGUAAUGACACUGUCUGUCUGUGGCUCAAUUUCAGUCUUCACAGGGAUAGACUACAACACCUCUAGGCCCCAACCACGGAUUUUUUUUCUCAGUGGCCCAUGUCACAAACCCUAUCUCAGGAAUUUCUUCUGAAUGUUCAAUUUUUUUCAUUGAAGACAGCUUCUAUACACAUCAAAGUUUUAUAGCUAGACUGUACAUAUUAUAUAUAAUAUAUAUAAAAUAUAUAUAUAUCCAUAUGCAAAAGUCCUGCAUGCCUCAACUUUCUCAUCCUAAAACUGGAAACUUCAUUUCUCAUUUAGAAACAGGUUCCAACAUUCCUCUUGUUUUGUCUCUGAUGCUAGAACUAGUUUGGUAACUGUUAACAUGGUCAUUUUUCUUGCUUCACAGUUCGAUUUUCAAUUUGUACUUAUUUAUGGACAAAAUUCAGUGUUGGAAGCUUUUUCCCAAGAUUUUAUUUCAGCUCUUUUUUACGUUUGGUUUGAUUUUGGCACCGCCAGAUGGUGUCAUUUGAGCAUUGUGGGUUUCUUUUUUGUUUGUUUGGUGGGGGGGUAGGGGAGGUGGUUAUUUUUUUUCUUUUUCCUUGCAGAUACUGUACAGUAAUGGUCAACUUUACCACUUGCACUGAGUUUUGGGUCAAACCUAUUUUCUUAAAUGAAGUUGUAACUUCAGUAUAACUCAAGUAUACUGUAUAUUCUUUGCUUUUAGUUAAAAAAGUAAAACAUUUUAGCUAAUUAAAAAGCACUCAGGUGAUAAUUAUGUAGGAAAAACAAUCUUGCCAAAUAACGAAUUCAUCCUAGGAUGUGUAGACAAUAAUCUGCUUGAAUAUUUUUAUAUUUCACCUCCUCCCCACCUUUCCCUAAGCAAAGUUUAAAUGCAGAUAGAGAGUUCAGAGUUGAUGCUGGAUGUUCAGAUUCCUAAGUGGGGAGAGAGUUUGGACAUCUCACUCAAAAGUACAUCAGAAAAACAGGAAUCCAUGAUAUUAUACCAGAACUCAUCAGACAUUGGCUCCUAAAAAUCAAGUUAGAGCUGUUUUCACCCAGGGAGUAAGUCCCAUUCAUUUCAACACAUCCUGAGGCCUCGGCUUGCUCUCGGAAGUGUUGUGCAGUAGGACCUGCUCCCCUGAAGGACGGGGCCAACCUGCCACCGGCUUUACUGCCCAGGCUUGGCCUCCCAGGACAUCUGGCCUGCGGGGAUUUGAAUUGCAGCCCCAAAGGUCCUGCCUUCACACCGUUGGGGGAGAGCAGAGCAUCCUGGCACCUGCGAUCCAUCCCUGACACAGGCUGACACAUUUUUUCUCCUUUCCUUCUCCAAAGGCUUCGAGUUGUCUUCUGAGCUUUUUCUGCCAGUCUUGUCUGAAGGCAGACUUCAUUCUGAAGCUUUGGACAGGCUAUCACCGAGAGCCCUCCCUCUUCCCUUCCCGAAUCACACACAUACCCUACCCUCACCUGAUGAUAAUUUUCUCUUCUUGCUGCAAAACUGGUUGGCUUGCAACCCAGAGAGAGCAGCUUCCCUUGGCUCUGGGGGCGUGUUGGCCCCAGCCACGUUUACAGGAAGGUGUGCCCCAGAGGAGGAGGAAUCAGCUCCCUCGCUCCAGUGGCCUUGGGUCCGGGUCUCACUGAACAGCCCGAGGGCCACUCCAGCCUGGCUGGGGAAGAGUCCUGAACGGUUUGAUGUGGGGAUGGGGUGGUGGGCAGUGGGGAAUAGAUGGUUGACUUUGUUUCUUUAUUUGUGCCAUUGUUUGGACAAUAUUAAAGCUGCAUGUAAAAGGGGAAAUUAGUAUAUGAUAUAGGCGAAAAGUGAAAUCAUAGUAACAUAUGUUUUAGUAUUAACUUUUUUCUGUACAAAUAUUAGCACUAAAUGUUUAAAUAUGUAUGAAUGCCAGAAAUUUGUCAGUUCAUGCAGUAGGAUAAAAAAAAAAAAAAAAAAAAAGACUUUUCUUUUUAAACGGUUCCACUUUUAAAACCUGCCUCUGGGUUUUUGUUUUUUCUCAUGUGUGUAUGUGUGUGUGUGUGUGUGUGUGCUUGUCUGAAACAGACCUUGAUAAAGCUCUGUUGGAGCUGCUGGUUUUCGUUAUGGUUGUUGGAAUUUCUUGGCCUAGUAGGACAGUUCUGUGCUUCACUGUGAGGUUUGCCUUUGUGGAAAACUGAUGACAGCGAGAAUAUAAACUCAAUGUGAAUCAUGUGAUACUUCAGAGGCAUGUGUUAUGUUGGAGUCAGCUGACAGUAUUUUGUUUUUUAACUCUGUUGUUGCCUUUUCAAGUGACCUCUUCUCUUCUUUUAAAGAAAGAACACUUUCUGCUCAUAUCAUAACCAGAUCCAACCCAGCUUCUUGGCAUGAUUUACCCUGGUAUCAACUCUUGUGCAACUGGUAGUCUUGACCACAUUCCAUCUGCUUCCCCAGGUUUCUGUGGUUCAGUAGCCCAGACCUGUUUGGCAGCCAUUUCUGUUGGUGCAGGGUCUCUUUUUGUUGUUUUUUGUUUAAGUCCCCCAGUUUAUUGCAUUUUGUUAUAGCAUCCUGAGCAGAAUUAUACACCAUCUUUACCAUCUUAAUCACAUGUCAUCUUAAUUAUUUUCAGCUUACAGUUCUUUUGCAUUAAGUAUAUUUACAGUGUCAUACUACCAUUACUGCCUUCCGUCUCCAGAAUUUUUUGGAACCUAAAAAUCUUUCAAACCUAAAACACUGUACCUAUGAAACAGUAACUCCUCAUUCUCCUAUAUCCCAAACCCUGAAAACUGCCAUUCUACUUUUCGUCCCCAUUAAUUAGAUUACUUUAGAUACAUUAUAUGAGUGGAAUUAGGUGUACUUGUCAUUCUAAGAUUGACUUAAAGUACACGGAUACCAUAUAUGUAUCAGAAUUUCCAUUUUUUAUAAGGGUCUCUUUAUUUCUCUCCACCAUAACUCAGACCUUACCCUCCUCCCCCAGACCCCUGCCUUGCUUUUCUCCCUCUUUCCCCUACCUAACUCCUGCCAUGGGAACUGGUUAAAAACAUUGCUCUCAAAACCAUCUUCCAAUUUCAUGGGGAUUUCUAACAAGUUAUUUCCUUCAUUAUCCACUAUGAACAGUGACUAGCUUUGUGCAAUUGUUCAUGUGAUAUAUGUGUGUCUUUUCCUAUUCAGAACUAAGUGCUUGUCGCAAUUAUUUCUUGGUUGAUUCAAAGGGAGGACUUGCUGGGGACCAGAAUCCAAAUGGCCUCAAGUGGAAUUUUAAAAACCAGCCUGUCUCUUUUCCGUGGGAUCCCUUAGUCAACCCCACACCUUUUAUGAACAAACAGCAAGGAAGAGUGUUUGUACAGUAUAAUGACAUUUGGUUGUGUUUUUAAGGUUAUUUUCUUACAAAAAUAAGAGACCCUCCAACCACGGGCUGUUUUGAAGGAUGCUUGUGACAUUCUGCUUGGGUCUUCAAAUGGUGAGGAUAGGAAUGGUGGGGCAGAGCCAGUGGAGGUGACUAAUGAGCAUCCCACCUAAAUCCAGUCCUCCCCUUGGAUCCGCCUUUGUCCUGCUUGUGUCUCCAGGCAACCUCUUCAAGUUGGUCAGGCUUUGGGCAGGUGAGUGCUUUGUUGUAUGUGUUUGUUUCUCUGAGUUAUCUAGGGGUGCCUUGAUUAAAAUCGAACUUUAUUACAUACUGAUUCUGGAACAAAACAGUUAGAAAAUCUUUAAAAAAAAAAAAAGCCAACAAAGUUACUAGGCCAUCCUGCUACUUCUCUUCUGAGUUCCCAGCAAUGACUCAGGCGUCAGAGGUGAUGCUGCGGUGGAAAACCUGACUGUGUGUGUCUGCUCCUGUAUGUUGUGCGAGUAAUUUAUUAACUGUCUUUCUAAAGGUUUGCUGCUUUUCAGAUGCACUAUAAUUUGGGAUGUAAUCCUUAUAUUGCUUUUCCAAGGAACUUAAAAAAAAAAAAAAAAAAGCCUAGUGAUUAGUAUGCCAACUGCCACUCUCCUUCAAAAGGAGCCAGGACCAGCAACGACUUUCGAGAGAGGACUGGCUCAAGUGAAGUGCGCACAGUGUGAAGUUUAACGCUGUUGUCAAGAGGCCUAAACACACAUUUUUUUAAAAUAUUUAUGAUUGCCAUCAAAGAAGAAGAAAAAGAAGAAACAGGGGAAGGUUUGAAAAUGAUAAGCCUGUUGAGAAACCAAAAGUCCUGUCCCGUGAAGCUGCUUGACAUCCUGUGGAGUAGCAUAAUCCUCUCAAGUUGAGGAAGAGCUGCCUGCAAAGCUUUCUCAAGUCCCUGUUUGACUACCUGUUUCUCUACAUAAUGCCCCGUUUAAACUAGGAGCUGUUUUAGAAAUGACUUCAAACUGCUCCACUGUUGCUUACAGUUUAAGAGGAAUUUCAGAUUCAGAAGGGAGCAAGAAUCAAAUUUAGCCCUCAAAUCACUGUAAAUAAAGAACAAAAGGUUUUUUUGUUUUUAUUUUUACUUUUGAAGAAUAAAGCUGUUUGUUGUAUCAUGAGUUAGUGUUUCUUCCCCAAAUUGAAGACUGUGUUGGAAGUUGAUUUCUGGUGAGUCAGUCCACGAUACAAUGCCCUGUAUGGAGUUGAUAUUCAUAUGGGAAGUCUGUGUGCAUGAGGCAUUCUGUGUUGAAAGUGUAUGUUUAUCGUACUGCCCGAGCCAUCUCAUGACCCCAGCAUCCAAAACCGAUGCUGUAGAACAGAAUAUAUUUGUACACAAAUGGUGUGUGCAAAUAGGAUUUGUACAUAGAAAAGACUUACUGUGGCAGAUUGAAGAUAAAUUAUUCAACUGACGGUGCAAAAACAUUACUUGCAAAGAAAAGUAAGUUUAUAGUAUUUUCCUACACUCUACCCUGGGAAAUGAUAUUUAUAUCAGAUGAAUAUCAGUGCAUUUUAAAUGUAAUUUGAAAACAAUGCUGCCAUUUUGUGAAGAAUACCCACUUGGUUGCAGAGGCCAACUUUCAUAGCUUUGAUUUAAUGUUGUGACAUGGUGUUAUGCAUUUCGCUGUCAAGCAAUGGAUAAACAACUCUGACCUUCAUUCUCAUUCCAGUUUAUUGACCUCAGAUAAAACACUGGCCCUUCUUAGAAGCAGAAGUGCACCAAGACCAUUCAUUUCAGGUAGACUCACAUUCAGUGCCAAGUGCUCCCAUGGGAAUAAUCAGACGCAUAUGUUGGGAAAGAGUGAAGGGACAUGGACAAAGAGGGGUUUUCCUACAGAUGGAUGCUAAGUCUUCUACCAAAACAUGUCUGGAGGCAGAGGUAUGACCUCCCCCUUAAGUCCUAACAAUGUAUUUUGCGUGUACAAAACCUGGGAUGCCCGUUCACGCUCUGACACAAAGACAUGGCACUUCUAGUGAGUGAUCAGGAAGAUUCCACAUGCAUUUGGGAGCUUCAGGUGCUUGUUAGACACAUUGAGCCAUUCAAGGCAAGCACCACCUUUGCUUGUGAGGCCAAGAGGGCCUGUGACAAUUUGUUCCAGAACCAGUCUGAUACAAGUGCACCUCUAAUAUAUGCCUUACAAACUCCAGAGGCCAUAUUCAAAACAGGGUCUUCUCAGUGUAUGCAAGGGGCUGCAGCCCCUCUUCUCUUCCUCCCCAGGUUGAACAAUACGGACAGUUUUCACACAUAUCUACCUGUAUAACCCUCUGUACCUCUCAUAACUGGUCAACGACUGUAACAGGUUACAUCAGGUGUUUUUCUACAUACUUUUUACACAGAUUCUAUGCGAUUAAUGUAACUUAAUUCAAUGCAUCAUUUUAUUGUACUAGUUCUUAGGCCUGUCCUUAUUUUUUUCUAAGUGAUUGUGGUUUUUCUUGUGGUUUUGUAAAAAUGAAAGGCUGUUGAUGCUUAUUCUCUGUAACUAAGAAUUUUUACCUUUUGGGGGAAAAAAAAGCAUUGCUAUGAACUAAUGAAUUGAAACUUCAUUUACUCAUUGUAAAUACACUAUUGUGCAAAAAAAAAUUUUUUCACUCAAUUGAAUUGCUAGUGUUAACUGAAUUUUGUCUAGACACCAUUUCUGUUGAUGAAAUAAAGACAUAUCAUUAUGCAUUGUAAACUGA